AGCAGCAUCACACAGAAGGGCCAGAAUCGGCUAGCCUCAUCCCGACAGUUGGAAGUGAGUUAUCGACGAAUCUUUGAUUCAAGCCACAUUAGGUGGAGAUCACCAGGUAACAAGCAUUCGUGAGCCAAUACGAAUACGCGUGGAAGAGGCGGAUUCUGGCUGCGCGCAUUGGUCCAUCACAAGAGAGUUCCCAAGGCACAGGCGGCGCGUAAAAGCCCGCAAUGUUCCGGGGUCUUCGGACCAGCCGCUUCAAGCACACCAGGUCCACCUUCGAACCCCACCACAGCAGCGGAUCACGAUCUGACGGACCGAGACGCACGUUCCCUUCCACGGCGGAAUGCGACAUUUCUUCGGACGGCGGCCGAAAGCCGCUGCAACCGGGCCGACCGCUGAGCACGACCGGCCUCAACGAUCGGUUGCGGGGAUUUCGUCCUCGAUCAAGACCUUCCCGUCAGGCAUCAAACUGUUUCAUAGCCCGGAACACGCUAUCGCCGACAUCGUUUUCGUCCACGGCCUGGCUGGCGAUCGCGAGAAGACGUGGACCGCCCGGGACGCGUCCGACCCGUGGCCUAAGGCCCUCCUCCCGUCCGAGCUUCCGACUGCGCGCGUGCUCACGUUCGGGUACGAUGCAUAUGUGGCAGAUUGGCGAGGAGUGGUGGCGCAGAAGAGGAUUGGAAACCAUGCGUGGAAUCUGCUCACGUCUCUUGCGACGUACCGAGAGAGGGACGAAACGAACAAGCGACCUAUCGUUUUCGUUUGCCACAGUCUGGGAGGGCUUGUUUGCGAGGAUGCCUUAGUGACAUCGAGACAGCGGCCGGAGGAGCACCUCCAGAACAUCCUUCAAUCGACCCGAGGAAUCGCCUUCCUAGGAACGCCGCACCACGGGGCGGGUCUGGCCAGAUGGGCUGAGCUCCUGUCCCGUCACAUCGGCCUCGUCAAGCAGACAAACACCGAGAUUGUGGCAGUCCUCCGACGCGAGUCCGAAGUGCUCGCGCGGAUUCAGGACGGCUUUCAUACGAUGGUCAAGGCACGCAGCAGGGAGGGCCAAGGGCAGAUCGAUAUCACUUGCUUCUUUGAGGAGCUCCCUCUGCCUGGCGUUGGUCAGGUGGUGCCGCAGCACUCGGCAAUCCUCCCGGGAUACAUCCCGAUCGGCAUCCACAGCAAUCAUAUGGACAUGGCCAGGUUUGUCUCUGCGGACGACCCCGGGUUCACGGCUGUCUGCGGGGAGCUCCGCCGGUGGAUCAAGGAAAUAGACACGUCGGAAAGACGUCACUGGGAAGCACCGGCCUCGGACUAUACCGGAAGGUCAGGAGAUGGACAGGAUGGAUACACGAGCUCAGCCGCACGAUUUCUCGUGCCGUACACUAGCAAUCCAGACUUUGUUGGGCGUUCCGACAUCCUCGAACUGCUGAAGAGCCAACUCGGUCAUGGGCAGCCUUUGACAGGCGGUGCUUCGCAGCCGAGAGCGUGUCUCUAUGGUUUGGGCGGCAUUGGGAAAACGCAGAUUGCGCUGGGGUACGCGUUCUGGCUGCGGGAGACGCACCCGGACGUGUCAGUCUUCUGGGUCCACGCAAGCAACGCCGAGCGGUUCCGCCAAGCGUAUGGUUUCCUCGCACAAGAAUGCCAAGUCCCGGGCUAUGAUGACCCCAAGACCGACGUGCUGCCGUUGGUGAAGAGGUGGUUGGAGCGGAAGGAUUGCGGCCGGUGGCUCAUGGUGGUCGAUAAUGCCGAUGACACCCAGCUUUUCUUCGGCCAGCAAGGGGGAUCCAAGAACGGCAGUGCAUUCAGCCACGAGGGGAGCCUUGGGCGGUACCUUCCCGAGUGCUCGCACGGCGCUAUUCUUGUUACAACCAGGAACAAGCAGACGGGCUUGAAGCUGACCAAGGGAAAGCACCCGAUCGAAAUCGGCAGGAUGGAUGACGACGAGACGGCCCAGCUGCUUCGUGCACGGCUUGGCGGAAUCGACGCCGCUUCCGACGAAUCCUCGGCGCUUUCUUCUCAGCUGGAGCACCUACCCCUGGCGCUCGUUCAGGCGGCGGCGUUCAUCCAAGAGAACAGCAUCACGAUCGGCGAGUACCUUCGGCUUUUGGAUAAGAGCGAGCAGAACGCCAUCGAUCUGCUGAGCGAGGAAUUCGAGACAGACGGGAGAGACUCGGAGACUCCUCGUGCGGUGGCUGAGACAUGGAUUCUCUCGUUCGAGCAGAUCCAGCGGCAGAAUGUCUUUGCGGGCGAGCUCCUCUCGCUCAUGAGCCUCUUCGACCGGCAGGACGUCCCGUUGAAAUUCCUAUCCCACUACGGCAAGCAGCAGGGCGAAGAGCAAAGAGGGGAAGUACAACUCACGAAGGCGCUAGGCGUUCUCAAAGCGUUCUGUUUUGUUGUUGAGGACAGGGACCGUAGAUUCGAUAUGCACCGCCUUGUGCAGUUGGUCACGCAAAGGUGGCUCGACAGGAAGGGGACGAUGGGCCGAUUCGCGGAACAGGCGCUCUCGGUGGUGUCGCAGGCUUACCCAUAUGGCAGCUAUGAGAACCGGGCGAUAUGUAGCGCAUUGCUUCCGCAUGUGCAUGCGGUGCUGAGGCUUGUAAGCACUGGGUCGAAGGAUGAGAGGCUGGCAAGGGCAUCCCUUCUCCACUGUGCAGCCGGAUUCUUCUCCUACCAAGGUCAAUGGACUGAGGCGGAGAAGUUCCAGUUACAGGCGAGAGGCUUGCGAAGGGAGGUGUUGGGAGAGGAGCAUCCCUCGACGCUGACCAGCAUGGCCAACCUGGCGUCGACUUCGAGGGUGCUAGGAGAGGAGCAUCCCUCGACGCUCACUAGCAUGGCCAACCUCGCUUAUACCUGGAAGAGUCAGGCCCGUCUUGGAGACGCUCUAGACUUGAUAAAGACCUGCUUUCAUCACCAGCAGCAAGUACUAGGCCGAGAUCAUCCGGACACGGUCUCUACUCUCUGUUUUCUGGAAGAAUGGCGGGAGCAGGAUGGCAAAACGGGCUCUUUGGAGAUGAUUAAUGGUUCUGGGUGGUAG